ACAACUACUCGUACCACCAAGACACAAAAUAUUCUAACUGCACCAGCUUUCGCCUUUCCUCGAUCGAAUGGAAUCCCCUAGUCAUGUGAAAUCCGGUUACUGGGUUUGCAUGCCUCAUUGCCUGCCGGUAGCGGAAAUACAUUCCAGACUCUUCACACAUCUCUAUGCUGGCUUUGCCGUGGUCCACCGUGAUGGCGGGGUCACCUUUCCUAGCACAUACAAGGAUCAAUUCCAAAGCUUCACUAGAACAGUUCGGAAACGAUCCCCUCAGGUGAAAACUCUUUUAUCCAUCGGUGGUGAUGAUCAUCAAGGCUCUCACAAUAUAUCUGUAGUGGUGAAAGAUGCAGAUAAGCGUGCAAAACUCAUAAAGGACUCCAUAGAUCUAGCCAGGAAGUUCGAUUUCGAUGGCCUUGACCUCUGCUGGCAGUACCCCUCCCCGUCCGACAAUGGUGCUGACCUUGGCUCCUUCCUGGAUGAAUGGCGUGAUGCCGUGAAGGAAGAUGCUGAGACAAGAUCAAAGCCUGAAUUGUUGCUAACUGCAGCGGUGUUUCACCACCCGGUCAUUCCCGGCACAGGCGGAAGGUUUUUCUACUAUCCUUGUGAGGCUAUUUCAGACAACUUGGACUGGAUCAACGUACUGGCCAUUGACUUCUAUACUCCCACCAACUCAUCGGGGGAGACUGGGCCGGUUCAGGCGUGGCUCAAUCCUAAAGAGCGAAACAGGUGCGGAAGUGCAGGCAUUGGAAACUGGAUUAGUAAUGGAGUUGCGACAAAACAAUUAGUCCUCGGCCUUCCAUUUCAUGGCUAUGAAUGGAUUCUAAAGAACCAGUGUCACAGUGGAUUCUUUGCUCCGGCUCAUCCAGCAAAAACAAUCUCCAAACCCUACAGAACUAUCCUGGAGAUUAUCCAGAACCCGAAGAAUAAUUACAAAACCACGUAUGAUUGCGACUAUGUUGCUACCUACUCGCAUAACAAUAAGGGGAGUUGGAUCGGUUAUGAUAAUGUAUGCAGCAUCUCUAAAAAGGUUAAAGAGGCAAGUGGUAAAGAUAAUUUGGGCGGUUAUUCUGCAUGGCAUGUGGGCGCCGACGACGACAAAUGGAGUCUUUCGACUGCAGCCUACAACGCAUGGCAGUCGGCUUAUAAUUGUAAAGCUAAUCCGUAAUGGCCGCAAGUAUUGUGAA